UUUAGUUUUUCAUUUAAAUAAUAAUAAUAAUUUCUUUUCAAAAAAAUCUGAUACAUCUACAAGACUACAACUCCAAAAUCAAUUAUUUUAAGGAAUAGAAACCAUAGAAAAAUCAGAAAAGCAUAACUGAGCACCCGCACGCAUAUAUACACACACCUAUACAUACAAUGGCUGCAGCUUCGGCAGUACCACUCGCCGCCGUAAACGGAGCUGUGAAAAUGAACACGACGUCGCAGGCGUACUUGGAGGGCGGCAAAGUUAGGGAGACUAGGGCCCUGAUUUCCGAGCUGUGCCGCCAAUUUUACCAUCUGGGCUGGGUUUCCGGCACCGGCGGCAGCAUCACCAUUAAAGUCCAUGACGAUUCGAUUCCCAAGCCCCAGCAGCUUAUUGUCAUGUCCCCCUCAGGUGUGCAGAAGGAAAGGAUGAUGGAGGAGGAUAUGUAUGUGCUAGCUCCGGAUGGAUCUGUGAUAUCUGAGCCAUCGGCAAAGCCGUGGCCAAAUAAGCCUCCCAAGUGUUCUGAUUGUGGCCCGUUAUUUAUGAAGGCAUAUGAAAUGCGUAAUGCUGGUGCUGUCAUCCACAGUCAUGGGAUGGAGUCUUGCCUCGUGACAAUGAUUAAUCCUUUGUCCAAAGAAUUCCGGAUUACCCAUAUGGAAAUGAUUAAAGGAAUUCAAGGGCAUGGCUAUUAUGAUGAACUUGUGGUCCCAAUCAUUGAGAACACUGCUCAUGAAAGAGAGCUCACACAAUCUCUUGCGGAAGCUGUUCAAGUGCAUAGUAUGAUGGCCAUAGUGGGAUUUGGUGAAGAUCGAGAAUUUCAAGUGAUUAUUGAAAACAACAUGUCUAUUCAAGCAUAUCCGAAAACCACAGCUGUCCUUGUCCGAAAUCAUGGGGUAUAUAUAUGGGGUGACUCGUGGAUCAAUGCUAAAACACAAGCUGAAUGCUACCACUACCUCUUUGAUGCUGCCAUUAAACUUCAUCAAUUAGGAUUUGACUGGUCAACACCUUCCCACGGCCCCAUCCGGACUCAAAACAGUGUUUUAAGCAACAGUCGAAACCCAAAAGUUUCCACAAAGGCAGGGGCUCUAGACAAUGGCAUUGAACCAAAGAGAAGUUGCAUUGUACUGGACAUUGAGGGAACAACCACUCCUAUAUCGUUUGUUACAGAUGUUCUUUUUCCUUAUGCUCGUGAUAGUGUUGGGAAGCAUUUGGAGCUGACAUAUGAUUCGGCUGAAACUCAAGAGGAUAUUAAGUUAUUACGAGCUCAAGUACAAGAAGAUCUAGCAAACAAUCUUCUUGGUGCAGUUCCCAUUCCCGAAGAUGGAGAUAAAGUGGACAUAAUUGCUGCGGUGGUAGCCAAUGGUCAUAUAUGGAGAACUGGAUUUCAGAGCAAAGAGAUUGAGGCAGUUGUAUUUGAUGAUGUGCCCGAAGCCCUCGAAAAAUGGCAUGACCUCGGAAUUAAGGUGUACAUAUAUUCCAGUGGCAGCAGAUUAGCCCAAAGGCUCUUGUUUGGCAACACUAAUUAUGGGGACCUCAGAAAAUACUUGUGUGGAUAUUUUGAUACUACAGUUGGCAACAAAAGAGAAGUUAAAAGCUACACUGAGAUCUCAGAGUCUCUUGGGGUAGAUCAUCCUUCAGAAAUUCUAUUUGUUACAGAUGUUUAUCAAGAAGCUACAGCUGCUAAGGCGGCAGGUUUGGAUGUGAUAAUAUCGAUCAGGCCCGGCAAUGGGCUGCUUCCCGAGAAGCACGGUUUUCAGACGAUAAAUUCAUUUUCGGAAAUCUAAUAAGGAAUUCGCUCCCCUGUAAGCAGCAAGCAAACAUAACCUUUAAUGGAAUAAAAAUAAUUAACUUGCUUUAUUUAUGGCAGAAUUGUGAAUUUGAUCUUGUUUUUACUACUGUGAACUUUAUGUAAUUUUGAUGCUGUGUUUUGCUUUUGCCUCAAGAGAAUAUGUUGUUUUUACUUUUUAGCCUCAAUUAGCUUCCAAGUUUUAUUGCCA